AUGAGAAGGCGCAAGAGUCCUGGUCCCCAUCAACCAGCCACCCAGGUGACUCGCACUAGGCCCAGGACAGGAACCUCUGUGCACAGGGUUGCCUCCGCUCCCACCACUCGCACUCUGGUUCGCCCACAGAGGCCCCCAGCUGAGGUUGGUGUGACCUUUGAGGAUGUCGCCAUUUGCUUCUCCAAGAAGGAAUGGUGCCUCCUUGAUGAGGCUCAGAGACACCUGUACCUUGAAGUGAUGCUGGAGAACUAUGACCUCAUCUCCUCUCUAGGUUGCUGCUGUGGAGCAGAAGAUGAGGCACCCACUGACCAGCAUGUUUCUGUGAGAGUGUCACAGGCAAAGAAUCCCAAUGUAGCUUUAUCCUCCCAGAAAAGCCACCCCUGUGAGAGUUGUGGAAUAGUCCUGAGAGACAUUUUCUACUUGGUUGAGAAUCAGGAAACACAGCACAGCCAGAAACUGUUGAGAUGUGGGGCAUGUGGAAAGCGGUUUUAUCUCAGCACAAAGUGUCCCCAGCACCAGGAGCAGCACGUGAGAGAGAUGCAUUUCAUAAGAGGUGUGGACAGGGCCCCACGUGCCAAGGGCUGCCGUUUCAAUGUGUCACAAAAGCCUUUUACCUCUGAGGAGGUUGGACAGGACGUUCUCAACAGCUCAGGACAUAUCCAAGAGCAGGCUGCUCACACCACAGGUCGGCCAAGUGAAAUGUCAGCAUCUGGUGUGAGUUUUAAAAGGAGAAAAAGUGAUUACGCCAGGAAAGAAUGUAAGAAAGCCAUUGGCUGCAACCAAACAAUUGCUCAGGACCGCGGUGCCUGUACUGGAGUACAGUGUUUUACGUGCUGUGAAUGUAAAAAAUAUUUUACAAGAAUUUCUGAUCUUCAUAAUCACCAGAAAGUUCAUACAGGAGAAAGGCCAUAUGAGUGCGGUGAAUGUGGAAAAUGCUUUAGACUGCACGCCAACCUUAUUGUACACAGUCGAGUUCAUUCUGCAAAAAAGUCACAUGAGUGUGGUGAAUGUGGGAAAUCCUUUAGCCAAAAUGCAAGUCUCAUUCAACACCAGAGAGUUCACACUGGAGAAAAGCCAUAUGAGUGUGAUAAAUGUGGGAAAUCCUUCAGCCAAAGUGCAAGCCUCAUUCAACACCAGAGAGUUCAUACUGGAGAAAAGCCAUAUGAGUGUGGUGAAUGUGGAAAACUUUUUACUAGACUCUCUGGCAUUUAUCGUCAUCAGAGACUUCACACUGGAGAAAGGCCUUAUGAGUGCAGUGAAUGUGGGAAAUCUUUUGUCACGAACUAUCACUUGCGUUGUCAUCAGAGAUCUCACACUGGAGAAAGACCUUAUAAGUGCAGUGAGUGUGGGAAAUCUUUUAUCAAUGACUCUGGCCUCCGUUGUCAUCAGAGAUGUCACACUGGAGAAAAGCCAUAUAAGUGUGGCGAAUGUGGGAAAUCCUUUAGCCAAAGUGCAAGUCUUGUUCAACACCAGAGAGUUCAUACUGGAGAAAAGCCAUAUGAGUGUGGUGAAUGUGGAAAAUAUUUUACCAGUACCUCUGGCCUUUAUCGUCAUCAGAGACUUCACACUGGAGAAAGGCCUUAUGAAUGCAGUGAAUGUGGGAAAUCUUUUGUCACGAACUAUCACUUGUGUUGUCAUCAGAGAGUUCACAUGAGUAAGGCCUUAUGA